AACCCGGGAGUGUUGGGUUUCCCCUCGGGAAUGGGGAGGUUUUCCAACAAUAGGUGGGGUUUUGUGGAGAAACGGCAUCUGGGGUUGAGUCACGUCCUAUUUAUUUUCCCUCUCCGCCCGCGGGCAGGUGUCUCCUCGGCCAUGCUCGAGGUGAGUGUGGGGACAAGCUCGGUCUUCUCCGUGGAGGGGCAGCAAGCGGUGCUGCCUGCCUGGUACCCCAGCCGAUCCCAGAAGCAGCCCUACGUCACCUGGAUGCUGGAUAAGGAAGAUGCUAAGCCCUUCCAGAUCUUGGCCUACCUGGAUGGGAAGGUGAAGGUGGAGGAGUCGGAGCUAAAGCCCCGUGUGGGGUUCCUGUACCCUGUCCUCACCCACAACAUCUCGGUGUUCAUCAACGCCACCCGGGAGCGCGACUCAGGCCAGUACCUGUGCACUGUCAACGUGGUGGAUGAUGUCACCAGCACAGGCAAGAACAUUGGCGUCAUCAACCUCACUGUACUGGUGCCACCGGCCACCCCUGCCUGCCAGCUGCACGGCAACCCCACCGUGGGGGCCAACGUCACCUUGAGCUGCUCCUCCGAGAAGGGGAAGCCCUCGCCCGUCUACCAGUGGCAGCGCACGGGCCCCACCCUGCAGGUCUUCUUCCCCCCUGCCCAGGACCAGACCAGGGGCACCCUCAAGUUGACCAACCUCUCCCUGGAGAUGUCGGGUCUCUACGUCUGCGUGGUGGAAAACCGCGCGGGUUCGGCUGAGUGCAGCAUCGUCCUGGAGGUGCACUCAACUAGCACCAAAGCCAUCAUCGCUGGUGCCGUGCUGGGCUCCUUGGGCGCCCUCGCCAUCGUGGUCUUCUUCACCCGGCGGGUCAUCGGCUACCGGAGGAAGAAACGGGACAGCCAGGAGGAGGCAGCCAACGAGAUCAAGGAAGACGCCGUGGCCCCCAAAACCCCCACGUGGGCGAGGAGCCCAGCUUCGGACACCAUCUCCAAAACCAGCACCUUGUCCUCCAUUGCUGGCACCCGGGAGAGACCCUACGGGGCCAAACCCCCCUCAGACACCGCCUCCAUCCUCACCGGCAGCUACCGGGGACCUCCCCCCCGGGCAGGGGGGCGCACCCCCCCCAAGCUCUCUCCCCCCACCGUUAACGGCACCCCCCAGCGCCAGUGUCACACGAGCCCUCUCCCACCCCGGGGCGGCGUCACACCCUACCCCAUGCAGUCGCGUGACAUCACAGCACACCCCGCAGUGCCCGGGCGCUGUCACCCCAGCGCAGUGUGA